UGGCGGAGGUUAGUCCAGGAAGAAAUUUUUUUAAAAUUUGAAGAAAUUGAUAUAUUGAUAGAGUAUCAGAAUGGCACAUCAACUUCAUUUAGAGAAGGAAAAAUACAGACAGUGGGUAAAGGCUGGUUUAGGACUUGGAUAUUUAAAGGAGGGACUGGUACCAUUCUGUAAUGACAUAGCUGACCAACAACAUAACGAUAUCUUACAAAACAUUCGGUCUACAAAAUCACUACUAUCAACUGUGACAUGUGGGGGCUGUCGAGUUGAAACUCUCAAGCCAGACCAUAAGCCAGUUCCUGCGAAUGCUGGAAACAAAGUUUGUCCUCUUGGGCAAGUAAAAUGCAGCUGUUGCUGUAAGGGCAAAAUUGCUUGUCCGAACAACAUAUGUGGCGCCAUCUAUGAUUUUAUUGUGCAGCAUCAUGCCUCCACGCCACCUGCACCUAACUGGAAAAACAGCGAUGCUCUACAGUGGGUGACAGAUCCUUGGAGCAUUUGUAAGUGUUUUAUAAAUGCUCCCGGGUACGAGCAGAAACAAUCUGCUGGUGAAACUGAUUGUACUGGGUUAUUACAUCUAAUGAUAAAUAACCAGUAUUUUCAUAGCCACAUUGGAUGUGAUGUCACAGUAACAAACAAUCUUUUUACAAAGGUUCGUCACUAUAGAAAUGCUAUCUUUCACUCAAGCAGCAUGGAAUUAGAAGAAAGUGAGGCAAAUACUUACUUAGACGAUAUGAUAGCAGUUUUACAAGAUGGUAAAGAGCUAUUACACCGAUCAGAUGCCCAGAUAGCAGUGAUGAAACUUCAAGAUCUGAAGAACAAAGAUUUUAUUAUUACGACUGAAAGUUUUGAAGAGAUUCUUAGGCAAAUCAAAGAAGAAAUGGCAAAAGUUUUGAAAUCAACAGAAAGUGCUGCAACUAAAGAAGAAUAUGAUGAUCUGAAGAAGAAGCUAAUAGAUCUUGAAGCUAAAAUGUCUGAUGAAAAGAAGGGGAAACUGGAAAAUGAAAAAGAACUUGCAGAACUAAAGAAAACUAGUUCUGCCCUGAAGAAGAAGCUAUUAGAACUUGAAGCCAAGAUGUCCAGAGAAAAUGACGAAAAACUUGAGAAUGCAGAAUUGAAAAAGAAACUUGGCGUCUUGGAGACUCUUGUUUCAGAACAGAAAAAGGAGAUAGCAAAAAUAAAGUCGGAAACUUCUUCAGGUCAAAGUCAAAAUUAUGAGCAAACCAAGUUAGAAUGGCAGAAAGAGAUGAUAGCAUCAUACUGUAAGAAUUUGCUAAAAGUACCAGCAAUGCCUUUACUACCACGAGGUCAGAAAUGUAACUUCAGUGAGAUUUAUGUUAGGCCCACUAUAACAAGAGAAAUAAAAGGAGAGAAAGGGGAGACAAAGGAGAUUGAGGUCAAGUCAAUGUCAGAAAUCUUCAUAAAGAAUGGUGUGCCUUUGAAACAUAUAUAUGUUCUUGGAGAUGCAGGGUCUGGUAAGAGUAGUUUCUGUAAAUAUUUGGUCAACUGUUGGUGUAUUGCACACAGUGAUGCACAAAAUGUAGAUGAUAAGUUUGAAGGAGUCAAGGAAAUGAAGAAAUUUGAUAUCAUGUUUUAUAUCUCCCUAAGACAUAAUCAAGACAUAGACAGUGUCCAGGAUAUGAUUAAAAAUCAGUAUGAUAUUGACAUUUCAAGCCCAGUUCUCAAAAAGGACUCUGCAAAGAUUAUAAUAUUGCUUGAUGGCUUAGAUGAAUGGUCUUCUGAAAGGAAAUCCUACAAUCAGUUCCAGACAAUGGGUCUCCCGAAACAGGAUGUUAAUAAAGACUAUGCAAUCAUAACUACAUCACGGCCAUGGAAAAUUCACACCUUAGGAAUAAGUGAGACAGAAAUUGAACAAUUACUGAAUCUGAAAGGGUUUGAUUUGAGAUGUGAAAGGGAAAUGGUAGAUAGAACAGUCUCUCAAUUAAAUUCCAGCAGGCAUGCUAGAAAAAUUGCCUGGUUUUGUGAACGAAAGCUAAGAGAAAAGUCUCUGGAAAGUUUAAAACAGGUACCAAUUAUGUUGCAGCAACUGAUUUGUCUAUGGUUUGAUGGUAAACUCGAUAAAAUCUCAAAAUGUGCCAUCUACACCGGUAUGUUAGAACUUUUCUUUACCUGGAAUGACAUGAAAACUACAGGAACAUGUACUCGAGUUAUGGAGGGUGCUCAGAAAGUAGAUCUUCCUAAAACCUUAGCUGAUAAAAACAUAUUAAAAUUAAACAGCCAUCUCAUUUAUCAUGUGUCAAAGUUGGCUUAUGAGACACUGUUUAAUUGUCCAAAGGAUAAAUCUUUGACAUUUGACAUUUCUAUGUUUGAUGAACUAGAAAUAUCAGAUGAAGUAAGAGAAAAUUGCUUGAAACUUGGAAUAAUUACAGAAGAUGAAUGUCCAAGUUUAUCUGUAUCAGAACCACCAAGCUCAUUGUUCUCUUUUAUUCACAAAUCAAUGCAAGAAUUUCUGGCUGCAGUGAAUAUUGGUAUCAAUUUCAAUGCAAAAAUUGGUUUGUCAGAUAGUACAGGAAAUGUUGAAUUAGCCAAAAAGUUUAUUGAUGAGGUUUUUCAGAAAAGUUUAACAGUAAAUGACAUAUUAGAGCAGUCAAAUGUCAUCAUUAUGCUAUGUGGUCUAGAAUCUAGAUUAGCAACACAUGUUUCAAAAUACAUAUAUGAUACUGUGUCAGAAGACUCUCGUGUUCAGGAAUACAGGACAACAAUAAAAUGUAACAUUUAUAGGGAUCAUGUGCACCAUCGUUUUAUUACUGAUAUUCAAAAGCUUAUGUUUGAGUUAAUGGAAGAAUUCAAUGCAACAUGUAGUAUAGGAAGUAAUCCUGUGUUUUAUAUAGGAGAUUUGGUCAUUGGUAGACAGGAUCAGUAUUGUGAUAUUGUUUGUUCAGGUAUUGAUCAAAUUGUUCCUGACUCUGUUCUGUCUAUUAAUGUAGAUGACAUCAACACAAACAAUGUUAAAUUUACCAAAUAUUUACCAAUGUUUCAUCAUCUUGAAAAAAUUGAAAUAACAUAUGACCGUAUAUCACAAAGGUUUUCAAGUAAACAAAGUGAUAGUACACAGAAUAAUGAGUUGAUUGAUGAGAUUAGCAAUUGUGUUUCUGAGACAAUUAAAGUAAAUACUUCAACAUUAAAAUCUCUGUCUCUUGAUGUCUCUUACACUGACAAGUAUUACCCAGUGUGUAAAACAGUUGUUAGUUACCUACCUAGUAUGAUCAAUCUUGUAGCAAUAAGUAUGAGUUAUAUAACAAUGAGUCAUGAUGAUACUACUACAUUUUGUAAUUUUCUUGAGAGAACCAGUCAUCUUGAACAAAUACAUCUUUAUAGUGUUGAAUGUGAGUGUAGGAAGCAGCAUGAUGUAAAUUUAUCAAAACAUCAACAACUUCAGUACCUUCAUUUGUAUAAUGCUGUUAGUGUGAUAGAUGCUGAUACUACAAACCUUGAAAUAUUUAAAUUUGAUGAAUUGAAAGAUAGUAAUUAUGAGAAAAUAUUUGAUAUUAUUAGAAAAUCUAACAAAUUAAAAGAACUUGAAUUGGAUGGAGAUUACAGCAAUGAAUCUCAAUUAUAUCAUACCAACAUGACAAAGAGACUAGUCACAGUAUUACCAUUGUUACACAAUCUCAGUAAGUUUAAGUUAUGGCGGUGUAGGUUAACUGACAAUAUAAUACAGUCACCUUUAGAGAUGAAGAGUUUAAAGAACAUUAAGCUUUAUAAUGUAAUAAUGAGUUUGACAACAUGGCAAAAGUUUGUUGAUAGUCUUCCUCAUAUUCCUCAUACUGUUGAAGUGAGUGUAGUGGAAUGUUAUAUAACAGGAGAUGGUGAGGAGGAUAAUGAUGAUAUGUUUAAAUUGACACCACAAGGACUUGGAGGAGAGAAGGGAAAUGAUGCUAAACAGUAUGUAAAAUACCAGGAUCAGUUAUUUCUUGUUAAACAUGAUGAUUAUAGGUUUGAAUUUUCAACAAAAAGGGGAUAAAAGUAUCAAUUUAGAAUACAUGAAGUGUUUAAACUAAAUUAUUAAAAGAGAUGAUAAUUUGGUUUUUCAUUUUCGACAAAAGAAAAUUAUCUGAUUUUUUAACAUAGUGAGAUAGAAUACAUGCAGUUAACAUAGUGCUUGAUCUAUAUUAUUUCAUGAUAAAAGACAUAAUUAUUAAAAUAAACAUUAUCAGCAAAAACAAUUGAUAAAAGUAAUAUUCAAAUGUGUAUUCAAAUAAGUAAAUGAAAGAGAUGAAGUGAAAUAUAAAGAAAAUAUAGGUAACUGUUUUUUAAAGAUCAGGGAUAGUUUGUGAAAAGUACAAUUUGAAAAAGUAGUAGGUUCUUUGAAUUAUAAAUACAUAAAUGGAUGAAUAGAUUAGCAAGUAAAUAAAUUAAUGAAUAAGUAAAUAUAAUAAGUAAUUUGAAUGGAAAUAUCAUGGAACAGAAAUUUAAUGUACAAGGUAGAAAAAGGAAAAAAAUAAAUAUAACAUUCAAAUACCAGUUAUAUUAUAUAAUAUAUGAAGGGAAUGGUAUAUGUAAUUACCAGUUAUAUGAGAAAUAUUUCAAGAGAAUGGUAUAUAUCAAUACCAGUUAUAUGAUAUAAUAUAAGACAAGGGAAUGGUAUGAUUUAUAUGAAUACCAAUAAUAUGACAUUUAGGACAAGGGAAUGGUAUAUAUAAAUACCAGUUAUAUGAUAUAUAGGACAAGUGUUUGGUAUAUAAAAAUACCAUAUAUGUAUAUUAUACGAGGUAUGUUCAAAAAGUUCGUGGAUUUUUGCUGUCAUUUUUUACUUGGUUCAUAAAAACACCCUUAGUGGAUAUGAAUCGAAAGAGUGUCUUUAUUUCUAAAAGUAAGAUUUACUUUUAUUGUAAACUUUUGUUUCUUUUACGAGUUAAUUGCACUUUAAUAACCAUGGCAAGGCAACAUCGGCGCACGCCGAAAUUUUCAUAUAAUGUUUAACCCAUUGCUUCAUGAGCAUUUUGUGAAAAAUGGCUGUUUUCAUUGAAAAGUCUCCCGUUACAAGUUCAAAUUCAAAUUGCUAUAAUACUAUAAAAACUGCUUCAACACUAAUCAAACUUGGCACAAAUGUUGAUUGGACCAUUGCCCUUGCAACAACAUGCUCAGGCUAAAAUUUUCUGUUACCAUGGCAACGAGGGGACAUCUCAAAAUUGCCAAAAAUCACUAUUUUGCGUUGAUUUUUUCCAUCAAAAUUGAUUUCAAAGUGCUGCAACUUCUCAAUGGAUUGAGAUAGAGUCAAAUGCUUUUCAGCGUUGGUUACACGUUACCUUAUGAUCAAUCUGGGGUCAUUUACAGCCUCUCACAAGUCCAAAAUUUUCUUGGCGAUGAGGGGGACUCCGCCCCCCUUCAAACCCCCCCCAAACAGAAGGGGGCACAUCCCCCUUCUGGCAACCCCCUGAUGUAUCUUUUGGUUGGGGGGCCGCGCCGAAAAAGAGGUCACUUUUUUUAACAACAUUUCUCAAACAAAAACAAGUGUUUGGGGCCUAAAUAAGGCAUUUUUUCAUCAUUUGAGACAACAAAAAGGGGGGGGGGUGAAAAAGGCGUUAAAAGGCGUGUAUAUGAAGUAAUGGGUUAAAUAUAAACAAAUGUUGAAACAAAUUGAAUGAUUGUUUUAUGAAGUAAAUUACAAGUAAUCAUCUUAUAGUAUGUAAAUGACAUAAUUCUGAAAUUUGACGUCGAUUGGACGUUGUAUAGCUGAACAAACAGGUUUUGAGCAGUAGUAGACAGACGGGUAUGUUGGGGAGUAUAAAGCCCGUUUAAAAACUAGAAAUUUGCUCUUUCGGAAAUUUUAACCAAUAAAUGUGGGAUACUCCUUCAUAGUUUUAUUAGGUGAUUAAAUUAACUAAUAACAAUAGGUUGGCGAGCAAGUCUCUUAGUUUCGGGUCGAGCAAAGGAUUUAAAUACGGCAAAUACAUGCUCACAGACAGAAAGGGCGACGGAGAAUUUUUAGCGGGAAAUUGUUGGGACGUUUGUAACGUCAAUUGCAAAAGAUCUACAGAAGUCCAGACAGUAUGAAAGGUUUGCGAGAUGUCCGACAUAUUAAAUUUCUGCAUCGGAUCUUUGCAUUCAAUUCUGACAAAACAAUUUAAUUUAAUUAAAAUAACAUGUUAUUUCAUUCACCAGGAUAUAUGCGUAUUAACAAUAAAUAAUUGUAGUUAUUUUUUGUUUUACGUGUAUUUACUCUGGUCCGUUUGAUAAUUAAUGCUAACCGGUAUUCAGUAGAUUUACCGCAUAAAAUAAUUGUCAGUUGAUAAAAUGUUUUUCUUUAUCAUUGAUAAUCAUAUCGUUUAAAGAUAGGACGAGGGCGGUUUCAAAUUGAUACUAUAAAUCAACAAUUGAAUUUAACUUAAUAACACUGUCCGUUAAGUGUCGAAAUAACUCAAAAAUCCCGAUAAAGAGCGAAAAGUAUGCGGCACUCGGACCUUUAUACUGAGAAUGGAGCGAAAAGAUGAACCACUUUAUAUCUAGGGUCAUCAUCACGCACAGAAAAAUGGUUUUGGUAUAUGAUCCGCAGAUACUGAACACUAAAAAGAAACAAUGUCGCUGGUAAAAUGUUUCAUUUAUAUUGCGACGUCACAAACGUCAUUUUGUUUCGUCAUCAGCGUGCGCCGGAUUGUGCACCCCUUGUGAUUUGUAACUAUCACAGAAUUGUUAUUUGUAAACAAAUUGUAUUGAUUUUUUCACUGUUAAAUAAGGACAUAUUUUCGUAUAUGUCUCUUGUAAAAUCAUGUACACAAAUUAAAAGAUGUGAACAGUAGAGCCGCAGUCCACGAACUUUUUGAACAGCCCUCGUAUGUUAAAUAUGCAAAGGAAAUGGUAUAUAUCAAUACCAGUUAUAAGAUGUAAAGGAAAAUGGAAUGGUAUAAAUGAAUACCAGUUAUAUGUUAUAUAAAGCAAAGGAAUGUUAUAUGUAAAUUCCUGUUAUACAAUAUUUAGACAAUGGAAUUAUUUAUAUCAACACCAGUUAUAUGAUAUAUAGGACAAUGGAAUGGUAUAUAUAAAUACCUGUUAGAUGAUAUAUAGGACAAGUAAAUUGUUUCAUUGAGAUGAGGACCAUUUACAUGUUAUAUUUUAGAGAUUCCUUCUUUGAUUGUUUUAUAUUGUAAAGAUUGUAAAAAUUUACAAAUUGUAAUUAUGGAAAACCAUAAAUGUGUACAAGUUAAUACUGUUAGUCAGUAUUAUUCAAACAGUAUCGUUAAAGGGUCUCCACUGAGGAUAAUAUUUUCUUAAUUUCUUGACAUGAUAGGACGGGAGUUAUGUUGUUGAGGUUUCAUACUAUUUGAAGAAGAUAUAUUAUUUUUCAUGUAUAAAAUUUGUAUGCAAAAUUUCAGAUUAUUUGCUCACUUUGUUUUUCCAAAAUACUAGUAAUCAUUUUAGCUCGACUAUUCAAUGAAUAGCUAAUGCUAUAAUAGUACUUACCGCAUUGGCGUCAAACUUAGGUUACUUUUAUGUGUGCAAGUUGGUAUCUAAAAAACUACUGAAUGAAAAUUUCAAUUGACAUUCUUGUUCUUUAACAUGACUAACACAAAUCCCAUACCUCUGAUAUUUUUUUCCUCAUA